AUGGCCGUCAAUGAAGAGACCCCCUUGCUGCGUUCCCGCCGCCAGGACAGGAAGAAAACCAAGGCCGAUGGCGUAUAUGACAAACUCGUACUGUACGGCGUUUCCUUCGCAGCUGCAGACGAAUCUAUCAUUCUUUCCACAUGGAGUGUGAUCGCCUCGGAGUUUCACCAUCUAUCGCAGGGAUCAUGGCUCUUGGCCGCGUAUAACUUUGGGUGGUGCGUAUCAUUGCCGGUGGUUAGUCCGACUAGUCGCUCUAAGAAGGGCGUGAGACUGACAUUUUCGCGGCACAUCCAUGGUUUAGCUGGUGUUGGCCCGGGUGCUCACUGGAAUAUGGUCCCUGCUGACGAGGUAGCCUUGCUCCGAAGCUAUGCCAACGUGUUUAAUGUUGUAGGUCGUAGUGUAGGUGCUCCGCUGGGAGGCUAUCUUAUUGGUGCUGUGAGAUGGAGAUGGCCUUUCAUUGGUCAAUUGCCCGUGGCAGCCAUCUGUCUCCUAAUUGGGCUGUAUAGGUUUCCGUCGUCCUUAAACUCAACCAAAACUGGGGCUGCAGAUGAAGGAAAUUCUCAGCAUAGCAUCAUGGGGCUUGACUUAGCCGGUCUGGUCAGCUUCUCUGUCACCGUCCUUCUACUCUUCUUAAUGCAGGAGUUGAGCGCCCCGUCAGAUGGCUUCCAAAUCCCGCUUACGAUACUCGCCUCCGCCGUUUGCGUAGCAGUGAUAUUGUUCAUUGUGAUAGAAGCAUACUGGGCUCGAACCCCACUUAUUCCGUUGCAGCUCAUGAAGACCUCGCUGGGUGGGCUGUGCCUAAACCAGAUACUGAUGAUGUCGAGCCGUUCGGGACAGUCGCGUAAUAUCAUCGGGCCGGCGGCGAAUGUGGCCAUUGUGCAACGCGUGUUUAUGGGGAAGUUGGAGAAUAAUUUAAAUGAGUGGAACGAGAAAAAGUUCAUCGGUCAGAUUCUCAACGAUGACAGAUUUGCUCAGUGCCUGUCCCCUGCGGUUCAGGAAAUUGUUCGGUGGAACUAUUUGAACGCAUUCCAAUUGGUGCCAUAUGAGUAUGAUACCAUCGAUGAAAGCAUACAAAGCUAA